AUGGAUGACGAUGAGCUUACUCAAGAAAUUCUUGACCAAUUCGACCUCAUAUGUACCCAGCAUCAGUAUGAAAAUGUAUCAAGUCAUGUUGUUGGAGGUUUAUCGAAACCAAAUCUACAUCCUGAAAAGUCGUCGAGUGGUUUAACUCGGUCAACAUCCUUAGAUACAAAGCUAGGAAGUACUGUACAGGUGCCUCACUUUCCACUGAACGAGAAAGUAUCAAGUGCUAGCCGAGAUGAAGUUGAAAGUCUUAAAAAGGAGGUAUCUGUAUUACGCGAAGAGUUGUAUAUGAAAUUAGGUGAAUUAGCUACCAUUAAAGAGUCUGCUAGUCGAACAAAAGCUACCGAUUCUGAUACUAUUAGUAAACUAGAAUCACAUCUCGCCUCUGAACGUAAUGAUUUUCAACGUAAAUUGAGUGAAUUGAACGCCCAAAUAGCGUUUCGUGAAGCUGAUUAUCGUUUGGUUUGCAGUGAGCUUGCUCGGAUUAAAGAGGAAGCCGCAGUUAAUAAACAGAUGUUAAACGAACGUUCUGUUGAAUAUUCACCUGCAUCACAAAUUCUAGUCUCCCUAACAUCUCCUAAUCCUGAUCCCCUAUCUAAGCAAAAGGCACGAACACCUAGUUCUCGGUUACCAUCUACAGAUUUUCAUCUUCCUGCACCAGUUACUCCUAUUCCUAGCAGACGACAUAGAGUUCCGCAUGGUUUAGUUUGGGAUGUUAGUGUUCCAAGCAACUCUGAAGAUCAACUUAAGUCGACUACUGUUCAGCCAAAUGAUAUAAAUGAAGUUUUACCAGUAAGUGAUGCUCCAUUGUCCAGUGCACCAAGAAAACGACAACGGUAUGUUAUGUCACCGGAUAUUCAAUCACCACAGACCUCUCCUGAGCGAUUAGAGCACCAACAGCCUACAUAUGUAGUGGAUGCCUGCGUCGAGACCGCAGAUUUGUCAAAUAGUUCUACUUGUGAUCGUCCUUUACGCUAUCGGAUUAUUUCUCCUUUUUCGACUACUCAGUCUUCCCAUUUAUUUACCAAUAAGAAAUCCGACUUAUUGUCAGACUUGUUAAGCCUAUCGAUCUCAGAGCCCCACAAAGAAAAAGACGAAGAUUCCACUGAUACAAACUCUCAAACACCAGGGAUGAUUCCUACAUAUUUUACCAAAUCAGAGGAUUCUGCUUGGAUAACAUCAGAUUAUUAUUUAACAGGAAUAAGUAAACUACUUGCAAAUCACUCUGAUGUCCUUAGUGAAACAACAUCUUCUGACAACGGUACAUCACAUUUGAAUAGGAUACUUAAACAAUUUUCCACCUCUUUACCAUAUUUAUUACUUAGAGUUGAAGAGCAAUUUAAGGCAUGUAUUAACACACUUUUGGACCGUGGUAAUCAAUCAAAAAGGAUUUCAGGAAAGAAAAUUUCGAAUACUCAGGAUACUUUGGACGAUAGAGAACUACUAGACGACGAAGAAGAAUAUAAAGAGAAUCAGCAGUCAGAUGUAGAGAUUUCUGACAUUGAUCCUAAUGAAAUAUCCUAUCUGGGUGAAGAUCCUUUUGCGGGUGCACCAGCAUCACAAAUUGUAACAUCAUUUACUUUUCCAUCUCAACCUAAACCUUUUACAAAGCAAGUUAAAGAACACUCUAUCUCAAUGCAAAGAAAUAAAUCAUGUCCUUCAAACAUUGAAUAUUCUGAAUCAUCCAGUAGUACAGCGACUGAUGUGCCCAAAACCAAUAAUAAUAAUAAUGACAAUUUUUUAUUAUAUCGUCAAGCAAUGAUUGAUCAGAGUGUAAGAGGAAUUAAUCAACUAAAAUAUUUAGUUACAACUCUUUCUUCAUAUUGUCCUUUAUCAUCAAAAUUAGAUAACUUAUUAACUGAUGAGGAGGCUGAUGAUGAUGAUGACAGUACUCUUGUUAUUAUUAAUGAAUUUCAACGCCUUAUUCGAAUGGUUUCUAGCGUUUUAUGUCGAUUCAUCAAUAAGCUCGCGGAUGUUUUCAUUCAGAAUGAACAAGAAAAUCAUCUGCUGACAUCAUCAUCAUCAUCAACAACAACUGUUUGUAUUACAACAUCAUCAGUACAAAAUGAGUUCAUUUAUGAUAACAGUACACCGGUUACAUGUUCAGUCGACUCUACACCACAUAAAUUAUCACAGAAUACUUCGAAACACAAUGUUUUCCCAUCCUUGUCAAUAAUAUUACCUCUUAUAACUGGAUGUUUAAAUUUAGCAGCAUUAUUUGCAAUUUUCAUUCGAGUUGACAUUCACAAACCAAAUAAUCCUGUUGAUAAAGAAGUCUAUGGGAUAGGAGAUCAGGGCAAUUCCUUCAAUCAGUACCCAUGGCUUCCUGAACUAUUGAGUUGUAUUAUUAUAGCCUCUGAAGCAUGCUUUGGCCAUAAUGAUAAAUCAAGCAGCAUUUUGUCUAAGAAAAAACAUCCUUUCAUUAAAAUUGAAAGUAACAUUAGUACUUUUAUCAAAAAUCGUCCUAUCCUAACUUUGAAACCAUUGGUUAGUUUUCUUCGUUUCUGGAGAAAUAUGAUAUCUCAAAGGCAUUGGAAUGGUGGACAUUGUACAGAUUCAUCAUGGUGGGAUACAGGAUGUGAGAAAAUGAGUACAGAUUCAACAUCGUCGAAAGAUAUUCGUCAACAGUAUAUAGAAAAAUUAUUUGGCUCAUCUAUACGAUGUGGACUACUUGCAACAUGUGUAUGGAUUUGUCAGUUUUAUGAUCAAUUCACUGCUACCAUCAAUUGUACUAAAACUAGCACCACUACCACCGCCUUCCGGUCAACCUCUUCACACCCUUAUAAUGUUGAAUUAAAUGAUAGUGCAGAAAUGCAAAGAAUUGAACUUUUGAACGAGUUUUCUGGAAUGAUCGCUGUGCUAACUCAACGUGAUGAUGUAGUCUGGUCUGAUAGUUGUUGUUGUAAAGCUAAAGUCUAUUCAACACUAGUUCAUUUGUCUGAUUCACCCCUGAAAACAUUGAUGACAAUACCUAGAAGUGUUUUAACCGAUCCAUUCUAUUAUCCACAACUACACCAACAACGGCUUGAGAAUGUCUCCUCGUCAUCAUCAGUAGUUGUUGACUUACUCUUUCAACAAAAAACCGUCUUAAUUGCCUUUGGACAAUUAACACGUGCUUUAAUCGGAUUACUUUGGCGACAUGGUGAUCAAAAUUUCCAGUCAUAUACAGACUGUUUACCAGAUUAUUUUUGUCUAAUCACAAAUUUAACACGAUGGAUUCAGUUGUCGAAACAAAGAGAAAGAGCUGGGCGUUUUGAGACAACUUUCUUACCUUAUCAACAUAAUGAUAUGAUACUAAGACCUGAGUUAAUUGAAGAGCUACAUGAUUUUGAAUCAGGUCUAGAGAAUUUCUCCUAUCAGCAUACAGGUUAA